AUGAUGAAGCUGCUUAUUUUGAUUGUGGCAACGUGUAUUGUGGGAGCGCUGUGCGAGGAGAAAUGUGAACCGGGCACGACGUUUAUGGAGGACUGUAACAAAUGUCGCUGCGGACUGGACGGUCAGAAGGCUUGCACGCGCAAGGCGUGCCCACCGAACGAGCUGUCCGACGAUAGUCAGGUGCGCACCGAUGUACAGAACGGUGACUCACUGUCGUCGGCCGACGAGAAGGAUGAGGUGCACGUACAAACCAACGGACAGGUGUGCACUCCGAACGAGAUCCGGAUGAAGGAGUGCAAUCGUUGCCGAUGUGCCAACAACGGUAUUGGAUGGUUCUGUACGCGGAGAGCAUGUCCACCGCGCGAGAAGCGUGCCGCACCGAGUCCCGUUGAUAAAUGCACCCCCGGAGCGGUAUUCAGAAGCGAGGAUGAUUGCAACACCUGCUUCUGCACGGAUAGCGGUACUGUGGCCUGCACGCGGAAGGCUUGCUUUUCGUCACUGCCUCAGAAAACGAAGCGUUCCACUGCUUCCACUGGGGACGAUAAAUGCACCCCUGGAACGGUAUUUCCCAGUGAGGACGGAUGCAAUACCUGCUUCUGCACGGAUACCGGCAUGGCGGCCUGUACGCUGAAGGCUUGCUAUUCGGCACCACCUCAGAAAACGAAGCGUGAAACUCUUCCCCAAUCGGACAUUGCGCCCGGUGCACCCGGAUUUAGCUGCCAGCCGAAGGCUUCCUUCAAGUAUCAGUGCAACACGUGCCUCUGUUCGGACGAUGGCAAGAUGGCAGGAUGUACCUUCAAAUACUGCAUUCCCGGCGAAUGGUAG